UCUUUUUUGAAUCGAUGAUUAGAAUGGUAAUAGUGAUUUUAAAGAGAUGAUUUUACGAGUGUCACGAACAAGCACGUUAUGUAUGGCCCGGACAUUGAUAUUUUCAACGGGAGUGUGAAGUACUGUGAACUCGUGUCCAAAUCGUUCCGAGAACCUGAUAUAUUGAGUUCUGGAUUCGACAAGAGGAUCGCUGGCAUGUCUGAAAUUUUGAUCUUCAUAUUCAUCUUCUUCUUCUUGUUAAGAUUUGGAGUGAUAGCGCAGUCACAAACAAAUUUUACCAUCGAUCCUUCUCAAGUGAUUGCAGGGAGAAUAUUGAACUCCAUAUUUAGAAAAUGGAGCAUAACGGCGUCGAGCAACUGGAACAUAAGUGGAGAGUUAUGCAGCGGAGCUGCCAUUGACGAAACCCGCUUGGAUGGCAACAGAGCUUUCAACCCCGGCAUUAAAUGUGAUUGCGGCUCGACUACUUGCGACAUUACUGAGAUCAAGGUUUUUUCAUUGGAUGUUGCGGGUGUCAUCCCUGACGAGCUAUGGAAUUUGACUUCACUCAUCAGCCUGGAUUUGCGGCAAAAUUACUUGACAGGCCCCUUGUCCGCGUCCAUUGGAAAUUUAGCGAGCAUGCAGUACUUGAGUUUUGGCAUGAAUUCAUUAUCAGGGGAACUUCCAAAGGAACUCAGGAAGCUUACUGAUUUGAGAUCAUUGUCUCUUAGCUCAAACAAUUUCAGUGGCCCUCUGCCAUUGGAGCUGGGGAGUUUAACAAAGUUAGAACAACUUUACUUUAGUAGUUCUGGACUGAGCGGUCCAAUACCCUCAACAUUCGCUAGUCUACAGAACCUGGUUACCAUGUGGGCUACUGAUACCGAUCUCACGGGAAGAAUACCCGACUUCAUUGGAAAUUGGUCAAAACUUAAUGAUUUGAGGUUACAAGGGAACUCCUUUGACGGUCCCAUACCGGUGGCACUUUCCAAUUUGACAUUACUAACAACCUUGAGAUUAAGUGAUUUGGCUAAUGGGAGCUCUACACUGGAUUUUAUCAAGGAAAUGAAGUCUCUGACUGUCUUAAUUUUGCGGAAUAACAAUAUAUCUGGUUCUCUCCCUUCCGACUUUGGUGGAUAUCGAAAUUUGGUUCAACUAGAUUUAAGCUUCAACAACUUCAGUGGACGGAUUCCAAGCUCACUGUUCAGUUUGAGCUCACUUUCAUUCUUGUUUCUCGGAAACAAUAGAUUGACGGGGACUCUUCCUAUCAGAAAGAGUGCAUCUCUCAUGAAUAUAGAUUUGUCAUACAAUGACCUUUCUGGAGCAUUUCCUUCGUGGAUCAGUGAACCAGGCAUACAAAUUAAUUUAGUUGUAAACAACUUCAAAGUUGAAGGAUCCAAUAGCAGAUUUCUCCCUUCAGGACUGAACUGUCUUCAGAGGGGUUUUCCUUGCAAUCGUGAUCCUCCGAGAUAUUAUAAUUUCUCAAUUAAGUGUGGAGGUCCACAAGUUAUGUCUUCAGACAGAAUCUUAUAUGAGGGGGACAAUGAGACGCUUGGUCCUGCCACAUACUAUGUAAAUCCAUCUUACAGGUGGGCGGUUAGUAAUGUUGGCUUGCAUGCGGGGAACAAUAAUCGAACGUAUAUAUACUCAUCUUCAACAUCUCAAUUUACAAAUACCUUGGACCCGGUGCUGUUCCAGACAACACGAAUUUCUGCAGGGUCUCUGCGGUAUUAUGGCUUAGGGCUUGAGAAUGGUAACUACAAUGUGAAACUUCUGUUUGCAGAGAUAGCUUUCGUAAAUAUUCCUUCUUGGAAGAGUCUUGGCAAAAGGAUUUUUGAUAUAUACAUCCAGGGGAACUUAAUUUGGAAGGAUUUUGAUAUACAUAAGGAAGCUGGAUCUUCAUUACGUGCACUUUCGAAGGAUUUUAAAGUAAACGUGUCUGAAAACUAUCUCGAAAUCCAUUUAUUUUGGGCUGGAAAAGGGACAUGUUGUACACCAGCUCUAGGUACAUAUGGCCCUGCAAUUUCAGCAAUCAGUGCCACUCCAGAUUUUAUUCCAAGUGUUAGUAACGAACCUCCUGUCAAUCAUUCCAGCAAAAAGUACAAUACUGGUUUGAUCGCGGGCAUUGUCAUUCCUCUGGUUAUAAGCUUUCUGGCUGCUGUAUUUUUUGUGUUUUUCUUCGUUGGAAGAAGUAAAAAGCAAAGUGCCUACGAAAAUGAAGAGUUUCAGGGGAUUGAUGCCAGACCAUAUACCUUCAGUUAUGCAGAGCUUAAAGUCGGAACAGAUGACUUUAGUCCCGCUAAUAUGCUUGGGGAGGGGGGAUUCGGACCUGUUUACAAGGGUACUCUUAGUGAUGGUAGACUUGUUGCUGUCAAACAACUUUCUGUAGCAUCCCACCACGGAAGGAGUCAGUUUGUUGCAGAGAUUGCAACAAUAUCUGCUGUUCAGCAUCGGAACCUUGUAAAAUUAUAUGGAUGCUGCAUUGAGGGAGAUAAGAGGCUGCUUGUAUAUGAGUAUCUUGAAAACAAAAGUCUUGAUCAAGCUUUAUUUGGAAAAAGAUCUUUAUUCCUCGACUGGUCUGCUCGUUAUGAAAUAUGUCUUGGAGUGGCACGCGGUCUUGCAUAUCUUCACGAGGAAUCACGAGUGCGAAUCGUGCACAGAGAUGUGAAGGCAAGCAAUAUUCUGCUUGAUUCUGAUCUUAAACCUAAAAUUUCGGAUUUCGGGUUGGCCAAACUUUACGAUGACAAAAAGACUCAUAUAAGUACUCGUGUUGCAGGAACAAUUGGAUAUCUUGCCCCAGAAUAUGCCAUGCGUGGACAUCUUACUGAAAAAGCUGAUGUCUUUGGAUUUGGUGUGGUAGCUCUUGAAGUUGUCAGCGGAAGGUCCAAUUCUGACUCGACACUAGAAGAUGAUUACAUAUAUCUGUUGGAAUGGGCUUGGCAACUACACGAGGAUAACCGUGGAAUUGAUCUUGUUGAUCCGAGUUUGUCUGCAUUCAACGAGGACGAAGUUAAAAGGCUGAUAGACGUGGCACUCUUGUGCACUCAAACAUCCCCAACUUUAAGACCUCCAAUGUCUCGUGUGGUGGCAAUGUUAUCAGGAGAUGUUGAAGUAAGCACGGUCACUACAAAGCCUGGCUACCUUACCCACUGGACAUUCACAGAUAUAACAACAUUUGAAAGUGUUGAUGCAUCAACAUCAAAUACUGACCAGAAUACUCCAUUCAGCUCAUAUGCAAAUAAAACCCGGCUAUCUGAUCCAAAUUACAUUUUGGUAAAUGCCUCUGCCUCGUCUUCUUUGAUAAGUAGCAGAUAUGAUGAUGCACGUGAUUGACCAGAAGCUUGUUUUAUCUCUGUACAUUAGCAUACUGUUAUGCAAUGGCAAUUCACGAGCAACGUUAGUUAUGUAUGUUCAGGUAUUUACUGUAAUUAAGAUUUGUUUUGUAUCGUUUUGGUUAAGUACUCUUGACCAUGUCCGGUUAGCCAGUUUUUCCAAAUCUAUAUGGGUCUUUUCACAUUGUAAAUUUCAGCAUGUUCAUUGUAAAGUUGAGACAUGAGGCAGCUUUAGGGAGUUUGUAUGUCUAAUGACUUUCCUGUUAA